AUGGCACGUCUUGCUCUGUUUCUAACCUUUCUCUCUUUAACUUUAACUUCUGGUGUGAAUUGUCGUGUUCUGAGUUCUUCCUCUGAGAAAAACUUAACCUUGGUCUCCGAUGGAGUCCAAGACGGAUCAAGCUACGAGUUUCUCAGUCUUGAUCCCCCGAACCGCGUUUCCAAGAAUGCGUGCAUUCAUGUCUACGGGUUUCUUCCAUGUGCAGACAAUGUUGGAGGAUAUGUAUUUCAAGUUUUCUCCUUUGGUUGUCUCUUGAUGAUCGGUGAAUACUUCUUGUCUGAAGGAAGGUCUAAGCUCUUUCUCAUCUUCGAGGUCGGUUUCUAUGGCGGAAUCAUCUUCCCUCUUCUUAGAAUGUUCCCGAGAAUCGCGCUUAUUCUCUCGACUGGAUUGAUGGGAACACAAGAAAUGGCAAACUCGAUGGUUGGUAAUACCCUUGGAGUUACAGUUGGAUAUACUGUGUUUGCUCUGACGAUUCAAUGGGGAGCUUGUGUUGUUUUUGGUUUGUCUGGUUCUGAUCGAAAAAAUGAACAAGUCGAGGAGCCAACGACUCCUGUAAGAUCUUUUAAUUUCUCCUUGUUAAUUUGGAAAAGCCUUUUUGGAGCUAGCGUAGAAGCAGAUCCAAAGAACGCAAAAGCAGCAGGGAUUAUGCUCUUGACAAUACUGCCCUUCAUAAUCGUAACACUUUCAGAGAUGUUUGAUUCACAGUCUUGGAAGGACCUUAUCGGAUUGAUCACUCUCAUAAUCUCUGCUUCUGCUACUGUUGUCUACUUUACUUAUUCGUAUUUUGAUAAAGUGGACCAAGAGAAGAGCUUAGAUCACGCGAGGUUUGAGCUCAUGUCAGAAGUUCAUAAGCAUUUGCAGAGCUUUUCACCUAAAACCCUUUUAAGAAAUGGACAACUAAGUAAAGAGAGCUUGAAAAGAUUGUUCGAUAAACUUGAUGUAAACAAAGAUGGAAAGAUACAGAUUCUUGAGUUAAAAAACAUGAGGGUUGAGUUUGAGAAAUUGGGGGGAAUGAAGUGUAACGCAAAUGAGCUUGCUACUACAUUGCUUGAGUAUUUCGAUAGAGACAAAGACGGUGAAAUAGACGAGAGUGAAUUCGAACUAGGAAUUGCUAACUGGUUGAAACAUUACAAAUUCACCUUUGACAACCCCGCGUGUCAAAGUGAUGAGAACCCUUCAGAGAUUGGGGUCUUGAAGGUGAAACAAGCAAAAGAAAGCUUUUUUGCUAAGUUUUUCUCAAAGAGAACAUUAAAAGCUUCCACAGAAGUCAUUGUAGGAAUCAUGAUUGUCAUGUUCCUUGCAAGACCUUUCAUGAUGAACAUUGAGAUUUUGUCGGUAUCAGCUGGAGUUCCUUCCUUCUAUGUCGUCUUUGCUGUGAUCCCAUUGGUUAGAAACCUAAAGAAUGCUUUGUCUGCUCACUUCUGUCGCAAGAAAGACAAGGCCAGAAUUACAUCAGAUACAUUCUCUGAGAUAUAUAGUGAUGUUACAAUGAACAAUCUUCUUGGAAUUUCAUGUAUACUGGCGAUUGUAUACACGAGAGAAUUGACUUGGGAUUAUUCUACUGAAGUUCUCAUUAUUGUGAUCGUUGGAUUUCUAAUAGGCAUACCGGCUUACGUGAGAAGGACUUACCCGUUUUGGAUAUGUUUAAUGGCCUUUGCUCUUUACUUUGUCUCUCUUCUCUUGAUCUAUCUUCAUUUCUCAAGUCUCUAG